AUGCCCCACACAUCCCACACCUCUCGCCCAAAACGACAAACCCAAAAACGAAUCCAAGUGACCGACGACGACGGCUGGACCCAUGUCGCGAGCGGCGGCAACGUGCGGCGUGUAAUGCGCACACGCCCGAGAGAUACAACUGCAAAGGAACCUGAAGGGAUAUCCUCUGACCAGCCCGAACCCACAUUGACCCCUGCAGAGGCACCGGGUCGACUCACGCUCUCCGAGCUGCAGGCGCAGUUCCAGACUCAUCGUGAGAGGUGGGAGAGCUCGGAGAGCUGCACUAGGUUGGCGGGCGCUUUGGAUGAACGGCUGAGGAAGGCGCAGGAACAAACUUCUUCUGAUGCUGCUUCUGCCGCUUCAACCCAAUUGACGGAGGGUAAUCCUUCGGCCCCCUGCCUUGUCGACGCUAUUGUCUGUAUUGGGCUUGGGAGCCCGAGUGGGUUCUUGCGUGAUGGAUGGGUUGAUCGACGCGCUGUGUCUCUUUAUCAGCUUGCCGCGCUGGCGACUAUUAAGGAUCAAGUUGCUUCCACAACUUCCUCCAACCUCAAAGUCUACGCCCAAGACCCUGUGUUCAACACACUAGACGAAUCCCUGCUCGCAGCCCUGAAUAUAACUGUCAUCAAGCACCCAGAGGCCUUCUCGCACAUCACGACAAACACAAUGCUCUUCUGCCCCGGCGCAGAACGCAAACACCUUGAGUUGUUGUUGCCGUCGAAGCCGUGGCUGUUGUUCGGUGGUCCGCUUGAGCAUGCGGACGCUGGUGGUGUACUGCAAGGCUAUGUGGAUGGCGCGGGGUCGUAUCGCUUGCCGGUGUUCGAAGCACUUGAGCAUGCUUUUUGGAAUAUGAGGCUCUAUUGGACCGAGGAGGUCGUGGGCGAGGAGUGA